AUGACCAUGGCCUUUGGUGGUCUGACUAUCGAUGUGUUGAACACAAGUGUUGACCAGUUUUUGGCCAUACCUUAUGCCGAACCCCCGGUAGGGGUACUCAGGUUUGCCAAACCGGUGCCACUCAGACAUCCCAUACAAAACAUAAUAGACGGCACAGAGACUGGAAACUCUUGUAUGCAAUUAAUUCCCGAUUCAUUAAAGGAUUUCUUUGGGAAUUUAACCCUAAGUGAAGACUGUUUGGUAUUAAACGUAUGGACACCACAUGUGGACAGAUGUGGACUGUCAAUACAGAGGGCACCUCUAAAACCGGUCAUGUUUUGGAUACACGGUGGGGGACUCGUAUUGGGCUCAUCUUUUCAGGAGAUGUAUAACGGCUCAGCUCUGACCACUCAUGAUGUGGUGGUUGUGUCCGUCAACUAUAGGUUAGGACAUUUCGGGUUCCUAUACGGGGAUCGGGAGGACGCGCCCGGAAAUGUCGGCUUUUAUGACCAGUCAUUGGCUCUCAAAUGGGUUAGAGAAAACAUUCAUCAAUUUGGCGGAGAUAGGGAUCAGAUCACCAUUUUUGGUGAGAGCGGCGGAAGUAUCUCUGUGUCCGCACACAUACUCUCCCCGGUAUCUAAGGGCUUAUUCAAGAGGGCUAUACUGGAGAGCGGCGCCCAUAUGUUCAAUAAGGACAGGGAUUUGAAGACAGCUUCAGAAGUGUUAACUGAAUCCAAACAAUUGGCCGCACAUUUGAAUUGUAGUCAAACACCGAUUGAAUGGUUAGAGUGUUUGAGACAAUUAGACGCCGAUAAGCUCAAUGUGGCCGCACUUACCGCCGGCCCUACUGUUGGCAUUCUUGGCACUGAAUUCCUCCCGGUGUCCGCACACCAGGCCUUUCAAACCAAACACUUUAACAAAGAUUUAGAUGUGUUGGCCGGUGUGAACCAACACGAGGGUUCACUCCCAGUAUCGAUGUUAUACCCGGGAAUUCCCAAUAAUUUAACCGAAAUAGAGUUUUACGAUUACGCGCAAAAAUUUGACUCAAUGUUUCAUAACCUAAACGCCGACAAUAUUACCACGUUUUACAUGUCGUCCAUCAAUAAGUCGGAUCCCGAAGCAGUCAAAUGGCAAUUGUAUGACCUCUUUGGCGAUCUUAUGCUCAAUUGUCCGACACAUCAGUUUGCCGUCAAUUACGGCCAACAGUCGGCCAAAAGUAAUAGGACGCCUACAACACCGGGUCCAGACAUGUUUGGUGUCACUCAUGGCGAUGAAGUGGCCUUUGUUUUUGGUCUACCAUUACUUUAUCCACAAAAAUCCGAUACAGAAGUAGACAAACAGUUUAGUCGGGAUGUCAUGAAAAUGUGGACCGAUUUCGCUAAAUAUGGGAAACCAACUGUCGAUUGGCCUAAAUUUAUUGACAACAAAGUGAAAGAUUAUGUGCCGAAAGCCAAAGAACUUAAUCCAUACAAACUUUGGCAUAAUUUCCACAACUUAUUCAAUACUACUUGCGAUGGCUUUUGGAAACACUAUUAUAAUUAA